UACAGGAGUUCUAUCUCCCGAGUACUGAUCCUCAGACUUAGGAGAAAGCGAGCUUACUAGCAUUCAUGCACACACUACAUUUAAAGAGCCGUGCCUUUUCAUCUCAGAUAUUUUUUUCAUAAAUCGAUCUAUCGAGGAAUAUAAUUUAGAUUUAGAUUUUUCAUUACCGCUUACUUUCUUAUGAGGCACGCGGAAUCAGGAUACUUGCAGUGCACGCUUAAAAAUUGUCGUGAGGACAGCUUGAAGGGUGUAUUUUUCUGUCUUUUUUAGAGAGCACCCACGGGAGGGGGCACGGGGCAGGCAGGCGCAGCUCAACAGUGGCAGAGGCGGAGAAACGGUCGACCAGGCUGUGCCGUUUGUGUGAGAGAGGGAGGGGGCAGUCUCUGUAUCCGUGUUUAUGUGCCCAGCUCUUCUCUGGAGUGACCGCAUUAUUCAUGAGACGGAGUGACGUCUGCGUAACAAGGGCGGUCUUAUGCUAAUGGCCGUAGCCCAGUACGAGCCAGAGGGGGCAGCAUCUUGCACAAGCACGCAGGGGAGAGUGUGGGUCAUAGUGCUCACCACACGCUGAGUGUCACCUCAAACUCAUACAGCCCAAGGAACCAUAUGUGAGUGUGUGGCUGUGUGUAUGUUGGAGGGGGCACAUACAGGAGUCCUCGGUAGCCUACUAAUUUGCUGAUUGAGAGUAAACCAGGGCACACAUUCAGAAGACAAAGAGAUCACUGCACACUGCAGCCAGGGAUGAUCAUGGGAGAUGCUUGAGAUGUCAGUGGAGAACGAGACAGUUGUGAAAGGCGAUGGAGGUGGGGGCUCGCUCUCUCACCUCCACGCCCCUAAAGACAUGCACCCUCCUAAAAUGGUGUCUGGAGGGGAACCCAUAGCCCCUCUGUUGGCCAGUGUUGGGCUCACAGAGGGUGGCACCAUUGGUGUGUGUGUGGGGGGGAAGCCCCUGCAGCCCAAAAACGGCCUUCAGGCUCCCCAGCCAGGGCCCCAGAAGCUGGCCAAGCGGCGCUACAGCAUGAACGUGAGCAUGCGACCCUCUACCGGCCCAGCCAAACGGCGCCGCCGUGCCUCGGAUAGCCAGCCCGUCCUUCCCUCUCAUUUUCUGCUUGGCGGGAACAUCUUCGACCCACUCAACCUCAACAGCCUGCUGGACGAGGAGGUCAGUCGGGCACUCAACGCUCACACACCCGAGACCUCGCCACUGCCUGCCAAGGGCCGCGAGCCAGUGGAGAUUCUCGUGCCUAAGGACAUCACAGAUCCACUCAACUUGAGCGGGCGUGGCGGCGGGGGAGGGGAUGGGGUGCUGCUCUCGCCCCUCAAGAGGAGGAGGCACCGCAAUCGCCACCAUGGGGUGGGACCCCCAGAGCAGGCCGACUCUGAGAAGGGAAAGCCUGCAGAGCCAUGUGGGGGAGGGGUGGUGAAGGCAGGGGUGGUGAAGGCAGGCACAGUUCCAGAGGAGCCCAAAGUGGCCGCUGUGUUGCCAGGGGUGAACCAGGCGCAGGACUCCCCUCUGCCGUACGAGCUCAACACGUCCAUCAAUUGCAGGGACGAGGUAGUUCCGCCCAUAUUGCCACGGCGACAUUCGCAGUCUGGCCCUAGCUCAGGAUCACAGCCACGCCCGCCUGGGAGCAUAGAUCCCGCCCUCUGUGGACAACCUCCGUCUCGCUUUAGAAAGCGCAGGCGCACUGUGAGUCGCUCUGAACGCCUAUCAAUCACCCCUACGCCAACCAUUGGCCUUAAUUCAGACAGGACGAGCAGCCAAACUUUCCAAACUCCGAUUGUAGGCGGGGCCAAAGGAAGCCACCACACAAGCUCCUCCCAGCCAUCACAGAAGCCACGGAAACCUCAACGGAAGUACAAGUAUGGCAACUACAGUCGCUACUAUGGUUACCGACGGCCAAGCCUUCUGGAGGACCCACGGCUGGCUGUGCUAAAGCCCGAGUGGUUCCGCAGGAAGAAAGUUUUGGACCUCGGCUGCAACACUGGCCAUGUCACCUUGGCUAUCGCCAAACACUGGGAUCCCGCUCACAUUUUGGGCGUAGACAUUGACGGAGGGUUGGUGCAUGCUGCACGGCAGAAUCUGCGCCAUUACCUGUCCGAAGUGCAGCCAAUGGGGGGCCCUAACCAUUGUGCAGAAAAGGCGGGGAAGGAAGGCAACUAUUCGGACAAAGAUGGGAAAUCUGUGGGAGGGGUGUUCACUGCGUUGAUGGACCUUCAGCUCACAGCGGCGUCCUCUGCUGCUCGGAGGCCGAUCCUGCUGUCAUUUCGUCUCUGCAGAGGACCCAUCACUGCACCUCUGCUUCCAGAAGCUUCACAAGUGCGCUUCCCUCACAAUGUGUUUUUCAUGAAGGAGAACUAUGUGCUGGCAAGUGAAGAGCAGCUGGCGGGCCAGCAGGAGGAGUACGAUGUGAUCCUGUGCCUGGGCCUGACGCUGUGGGUGCAGCUGAACUGGGGUGACGGGGGCCUGCAGCGCCUCUUCCGCCGGGCUCACCGGCAGCUCCGCACAGGGGGGCUCUUCAUCCUCGAGUCCCAGCCCUGGAGCAGCUACUGCAGGAGGAAGAGGCUCUCGGAGACCACCUACAGAAACUACUGCAGUAUUCGUUUGAAGCCAGAUCAGUUCACAAGCUACCUGACAUCAGAAGUGGGCUUCAGCAGCUAUGAACUGCUGGGCACCCCAAACAGCAGUGCCAGAGGAUUUCAGAGGUCUAUUUACCUAUUCCACAAAGGUCCCUCCAGCCGGAAGUGACACGCCAGGAAGAGAACUUCACAAACCAGGAAAUGAUCCAUAGGAUCCAUGUGAAUGUGGACAUGAUGCACUGGACAAGGACCUCCACCGGAAAAAGACGCUUUUCAUGGAGCUUUGCAUUUCUACAGAGACAAUGGGAGAGCGAAUGGACUAUUCCGACAUCUUCAAUUAUCUUGCACUGCAAUUUUGGCUUGACAGAGACAAGGACUCAAUACACAGCUCAGACUCUGCCUACUAAUACACACACAAACACACACACACACUUUACACACCUUCAUACUGACAUGCAUACACCUUGCUACAGAGAUAUCAUUCUUAACCCUGCUAAAGCAUUUGGCUGUCUUUGGGAGGGAGUGCAGUUUUAAUCUGUUUUUUAAGAAACAAAAUGGUGCCCAGAGGAUGAACAGUAUUCCUCCACUCAACAGAGUUUGGAGUGUCCCACGGAAACUGGGCCAAGGACCUCCUCCAGACAUAGACAGAAUCUCACAUCUGGUACCUGGUGUGUGUGUUUGUGUGUGUGUGUGUGUGUGUGUGUUUGUGAUCAGAAUCAUUAUUAUCACAAGAGACUUGCACAAACACACUUUUUGAAGCCGUUGUUUUUGAUUUCAGUGUUAAGAUCCAUUCUGAUGUAAUUGGUGGAUUAAAUGAUUUAUCAAAAGUA